AUGGCUCCCAAAAGAAACAACAUUAUUCCAAAUGGCCAUUUCCACAAGGAUUGGCAGCGCAUGGUCAAAACAUGGUUUAACCAGCCCAUGAGAAAGAAGCGGAGACACGCAGCUCGUGCCAAGAAAGCUGCAGCGAUCGCACCACGACCAGUUGCCGGUCUCCUCAGGCCCAUUGUCAGAUGUCCUACCUUUAAGUACAACACUAAGAUCAGGCUUGGACGUGGAUUCACCCUGGAUGAGUUGAAGGCUGCAGGUGUCAACAAAAAAGUAGCACGCACUAUUGGCAUCUCCGUGGAUUACCGCAGACGAAGCAUGUCUAUUGAGUCCCUCCAGCAGAACGUACAGCGACUGAAGGAGUACAAGACCAAGCUAAUUAUCUUCCCACGCAAGGAGGGCAAGCCUGGCAAGGGAGAUGCUUCAGCUGAAGAAUUGAAGGUGGCCAAACAGCUGGCUGGUCCUGCAGUGCUGCCACUAGAGAUCCGGUUCAAACCUGAGAAGGCACGUGUACCUACGGAGGAUGAGCGCAACCACAACGCUUUUGUUGCCCUGCGACAGGCACGUAUCAACGCCAAGCUGGUUGGAUUAAGAGAAAAGAAGAAAAAGGAAGGGGAGGAGAAGGACAAGUAA